AGGUGAGAGAAGUUUCGGAGACAGGGAGAUGAGAGGCGGAGGAGUUAAUGGCUACUGAUUGGCGAAGGCCGUAGUUAAGGGGCGGAGCCUAGGGACAGCACCGAUUUCUGGUUGGUGAAGAGCUUUGAGGGCGGGGCUCCCGAGCGGCCACAGCCUUAGGCGGUGACGGCGGAAGCGGAGGCAUCAUCAAGAUGGCGGAGCUGCGCGCGCUGGUUGGAGUCAAGCGGGUCAUAGACUAUGCGGUGAAGAUCCGGGUGAAGCCGGACAAGUCUGGCGUGGUGACCGAUGGGGUGAAGCACUCCAUGAACCCCUUCUGUGAGAUCGCUGUGGAGGAGGCCGUGCGGCUGAAGGAGAAAAAGCUGCUGAAGGAAGUGAUCGCUGUCAGCUGUGGCCCCAAGCAGUGCCAGGAGACCAUCCGCACAGCGCUGGCCAUGGGCGCUGACCGGGGCAUCCACGUGGAGGUGCCCGAAGGCGAGGCGCAGCGUCUGGGGCCCCUGCAGGUUUCCCGAGUGCUGGCCGCCUUGGCCCAGAAGGAGAAGGCUGGGCUGGUGCUGCUGGGGAAACAGGCCAUUGAUGAUGACUGUAACCAAACUGGACAGAUGACAGCUGCCCUGCUUGACUGGCCUCAGGGCACAUUUGCCUCAAAGCUCUCACUAGAGGGAGAGAAGCUGAAGGUAGAACGAGAGGUUGAUGGUGGCCUUGAGACAAUUCUCCUCAAGCUGCCCGCUGUGGUGACUGCUGACCUUCGGCUGAACGAGCCCCGUUAUGCCACCCUGCCCAAUAUCAUGAAAGCCAAAAAGAAGAAGAUCGAAGUGAUGAAGCCUGGGGACCUGGGGGUGGACACCUCCUCCCGAAUUUCUGUGCUCAGUGUGGAGGAUCCGCCCCAGCGCACGGCAGGGGUGAAGCUGGAGACCACUGAGGACCUUGUGGCCAGAUUGAAAGAGGCAGGGCAUGUCUGAACUACCCCUCCUCCAAUAAAUUGGUGGCACUCGUUCCCCCUUUACCUUC